AUGGACGCAGAUAUGACGAAGUCAUUCGGCUGCUCACUACCAGUAGCACCAGACUCAGACACGUUCUACCAGAUUCACCCAAACUUCUACUCGUCAAGAUUUUCAACCUCGAUUUCUGGACCACAAUUCCAAGAUCCAUUACAUAUACCCAGACAAGAUACCCUGAGCCCUGAAAAGGAACGAAAGAGCGAUAGAAUCAUGAAGGGAGUCAUUGGACUCAACUUUCGCCCAGGAGUGGACAUCGGAAAUGGGGAUAAGAAUCUAACUUCUGCACCAAGUGCGAGUGCGAGUUCGAAUCAUUUCUAUGGGUUCUAUUGGACUUGUUGUAAUAAGAUUGCAGAGAAAGCAACGGUUUUGGGUAGUAUGAGAGGUAUGAUGGAGAGUGCUGUUAAGGGACUGUGUAAGAAAAAGAAUUUGCUUGCGGAAAACAAGUGUGGAGAGUGUGGGCACUUGGUUUUUCGAGACUGCGAAAAGGUUGCCGAGUGCUUGUCAACCAUGCAAGUCCUUCAGGAAGGAAGAUUUGAGUGCUCUCGAAGACACCUUCACAAAGUAGCAGAGGCUUACGAUAUCUACUGUAUUCGUAGUUGCCCUGACCAUUGCGGAUGCUAUCAGCAUACCUCUGAGAGUGGUCGCAAAAUCCAACAGCUUGCAAGGCGGGAAAGAAAAGUGUUCGAAAGGGAAAUGAAAGUGUCUGAGAGAGAAGUAAAAGUGUCCGAAGAGGAAGAUCGACUUGCUGAUAUGAGCAAGUAUCUUGAAGGUCGGAACAGUGUGAUCUCAUUAAGAGAGGGCUCACUUGAAAGAGCAGAAGAAGAAUUGGAGAGAAGGAAAAACGAGCUUCUUGCGUCUAGAAGUUGGUCCGAACAGAUCGAAGAUUGGGCCGCAAAUACAUCGAAUUGUGCUCAAGAUGGUUCAUCGUAUGGUUCAUAUGGCAGAAAAGCCCGUUCUGACAGUAACGGCUCGCUUCAAGCAUCCAAUGCUCUGGAUUCGAGAGAGAGACUACGUUGUCGCCGUUCAUCCCACAGUGACCGUCCAAUGCGACCUCAUGAUGCGCCAAAUCAUCCAAGGAGAUCAAGUUCUGCCAGUCAUCAUUAUCGCCAAGAUUCGCAUCAACCUGCUAUACGGAUAACACCUCCAGACCCUAAUAUACAGUCAAUACCGGGUGAUUGGGGUAAUCGUUAUGAGUAUUAG